UCAUUUUCCUCCUUUUCCGAUUGAAAUCCACCUCUCUCUUUCCUUACCGGGACUUGAUCUCGCCGAACGAUUGGUGCUGGAAUCACAGUAGGUUUCAAUUGCAUGCAAGUCCGGUUGAGCAAGAAUGAAGCUUUUGUGAAAGGCAAUUUAUGAAGGAAUAUUAUUAUAUUGAUUAGUCAUAUCCUUCCGUACUACCAGCUGAUUAGCAAUCAUUACCCCGUCUGAAAUCCAAAAAUUUGAGCGGUCUUUGAGUUUGGACGAGACUGGCAUUCAGGUUCUAUGUUUGAAAUCUCGACGUUGUAAUUUAAACUGCGGACUUGGAUAAAACGGUAAGAAUGCUGGAGCCUGACUUAUGCUCUUCCCGAGUAUUAUCACCCUUCCGCGAGGAAAGUGGAGACGAAGAACUUUCGGUUCUUCCUAGGCACACUAAAGUUAUAGUCACUGGCAACAAUAGAACCAAGUCUGUACUAGUUGGACUGCAAGGCGUCGUCAAGAAAGCUGUUGGUCUCGGAGGUUGGCACUGGCUGGUCUUGAAAAAUGGGGUUGAGGUUAAGCUGCAAAGGAAUGCAUUGAGCGUGCUAGAACACCCUACCGGAAACGAAGAAGAUGAUCUUGAUUACGACAACUCCAGCAGUGGAUCCGAAAUCCAUGAAAAGGACAACGAUUUCUCUACUAGUAUUGAGUUUCACAAGCCCAGCAAGCCAAGAGUUAGACAUACGAAGCCUUAUGUGCAUUCUAUAUCUGCGAAGCCAAGCAAUCGUGCAAGUUACAGAGAAGUCCACUCUAUUCUUGCUCCUCACCCUAGGGUGAACUUGGCAAAUAUGGGAACAGAGUCAUUGUGGAGAUACUGCAGGCAUUUUAAACUUUUGAGCAGUAAUUCGAGUCCAUCCAGGGAACAAAUGGUAAAAGCCGUGCAGCGUCAUUUUGCUUUGCAGCUUAAAGUGGACGAGGUACCAGUAAUCAAAGAGUUGCUUCGCGGAGCCAAGAGGCCCAAGACUGUGGAAUGUUGAUCACCCACCACCUGCUGAGUUCCAACUCUGGACGAUGACUUGCGAUUGUAAUUAAUUAAUAUGAUAUACAUAUAUUAGCUCUAACCUUAGACCUUAGUUACUAAUUUCAAACUCCACAGAGAUUGGUAGGCGGGCUGGCUGGUCUGAGUCAGCCUUCAACACCAAAUCUGACCUUUGUAAUAUCGGGUUGAUUCCCUAGUUCAUAUGAUAUUGCCUAGUGUUUUAUAUCUAUCUACCCGGCUGCGUUCCUGUGGCGCCGCCAUUCUCUCUC